UUCAUUAUAACGGGAGCAUCGACUUUCAUGUCGAAAUAUCUUGAGCGUCAAUUCAGCGUUGCACCAAGCAAGGCAAAUAUGUUAAUUGGGUGCAUAAUGGUACCAAUGGCUGGAAUGGGUACAGUGUUUAGCGGUUUCAUUGUUCAGCGAUUUCGUUUGAGCUGCGUAAAAACGUUGAAAUUUUGCAUCGCAUUAUUAAUGUGUACACUAAUAUUAUCACCAAUGUAUCUCGUCUACUGUGAUCACGAUCCGCUUGCCGGAAUUGAGGAGCUCUACGAUGUUGAUGUGUCA